UUUCCGGCUCUAUGCCAGAAUCCCUUGUUUCAUGAAAGAACUCGGAUUGAGUUGAAAAGAAACUGAGUCAAAUUUUACACUACUCAACUACGAAAAAUGUUUGAAAUCAAUAGUUUUUAAUAAUGCUCAAUGGAUUAUUUUCUCCUAAUUUAAUUUAUUUUUUAAAUUAUUGUACAUGUAAAUAAAAGAAUUAAGUAUUUAAUAUUAUAAAUAUUUUUUUAAUUAUUUGAACAUCACGAUUUGUUUCUAUUAUGAUCAGAAGCUUUUGACUUGUGAUAUGAUAAUUUACCAAUGGAUUGCUGUUGAAACAGUCGUUUCACAGGAAACAAAUGUUUUAAACUUUUAAUUUUGGAUUUAAUUCUUGUGAUUACUAUGAAAGACAGAUUUUACAACAUGAUACAUUUUCUUUAUAUUACUAUCGUGUUUUUUGUAGGAACAAGUUAUAGUGCUGAUCUAAAAUGUGGUUUCCCCGGAACUCCAAUGUAUGGCUUUGUUUCUCCAAAUGAAGCAGCUUAUGAAGAAGGGGCUAUAGUAAUGUAUUCUUGUCUUGUUGGGCAUAUUCUUUUAGGUUCUUCGAUAAGUAGAUGUAAAGGUGAUGGCACGUGGUCUGAAGAGGUACCUGUUUGUGAUGACAGCAUGACCACACUUGUGACCGCGUCCUCAACACCAACUGCUCCUGGUUAUCCAGCGGAGCUUGCUAUCGAUAAAAAUAAAGAAAGAUGUACUUAUUUGCAACCAAAGAGCCCGAGAUGGUGGCGGAUAGAUCUUGGUGAUAAUAAGGAAUAUAAAGUUUUGUCUGUUGCAAUAACAGUUAUGAAUACAGAUAAACAUGUGAAGUUCUCAGUAUUUGUUAUUCAAAUUCAAAACCAGAUAGCUUCGUACAAAAGAUGUGCCUCAUUUAGUGGAAAAUUUGGUACUCAAACGAUGGUGUUAUUAUGUGCAGAAGGAAAAGGUAUAGACGGCCACCGAGUUCACAUAGAAGAUUACGAUAAAGAUGACAAAGGAUAUUUUGAAAUAUGUGAAGUUGAAAUUCAAGUUAAAAAAGAUGAGGGAUACAAGUGUGGUGCACCAAGUAGAAGCUUAUAUUCAGUUGAAACUUACCGCAAUGAUGAUAUGGUGAGAUAUGGUUGCUUAAGAGGCUAUAAACUUUCAGGAAAAGUUCGGAGAGAAUGCACAGAAGAAUCAGGACAAUGGUCUGGGGAACCACCUAUUUGUAUACCCAUUGUAUGCGAUCCGUUGGAGCCAAUUGAAAACGGUGUUUCUAACAUGGAGCAUGGCAACCAGGGUGUUCCACUCGAAGGUGCACAGGUCUUGUACAACUGCAACUAUGGCUAUAUGCUGGUUGGUAACGCAGAUAGAACUUGUGAAGGAGAUGGAUCAUGGAGAGGAAAACCACCUAAGUGUAAAAUUAUAACAUGUCCUGCUGAAAUUCCCUAUGAUGUUGGUGGUAAAUGGAGAUAUCAAACUACUAGAGUAGGAAGUAAUGCAACUUUAAGGUGUAGCAACGAUAAAUAUGACGGAGAGAACCUUCAAAUUGUAUGCAAAAACGAUGGCAAGUGGAGUGAACCGCAAGCCAAGUGCUUAAUUCCAAUAGCUCUUGCAAAAAAGGAAAUUACACCAAGAAUUGUCAAUCAAGGAGGUGUUAUCUUUGGAAUGGUAGUAGCUGCUAUAAUGAUUGUUGUUGUCUUAGUUGGAGUCUAUUUAUACGAUCAACGAAGGCGAAACAAUAAGCCUGAACUUCCCAGCCGAUUUCAAGAGCCGCCUCUUCCACCACCUAGACCACCUCCUAGAGCCAAAGAAAAUGCUUUUAAGUCAGCCUUCAAGGGAUUUUUGAAUAGAGAUAAUCCUGAUUCAAGCAAAAGUUCUUGGAAGACUCAAAGUUUACCAUCCAAUCAAGCUCCUGCUGAUGAAACAGAGUCCAUGCUAAAUUCCAAAAAAGCUUUUUCAUACGGCGAAUCUCUACCUAGUGGUGAAAAUGAAGAAUCACCAGCUUUAGUGGAGGUUGAAGUCUUACCACCCCAGCCACCCCAUCGUUCCGGACGAAAAGGUGUUAUAACCCCUGUUCCAGAAGAAUCUGAAAAUACAACUGUUGAUGAUAUCGUUAUUGAAAUGGAUGAAGCAGAUAGCAAUAAAGACUCUUCUGCAAAGGACAACGUAAGUGAUUAUGCUGCAGUUGAUUAUGAGAAAAAAAGACAAUCUCGGCUUUUAAAAGAGCAAGAUUCAUUAGAAUCAGCAAGUCCUCUUCCUUUGGACGACAGUGACAAGAAAGAACCUUCUCGUUCUUCAACUCCUGCAAACAAUUUAAAGGAAAGCGAUGAAGAAGAGGAAGAAGAAGAAGAAAGUGAAGACAGUCAACACACUGAAUCUCAAAAGGAAAGAGAAGAACAAGAGAGAAAAGCAAAGGAGGAAGAAGAAAGAAAAGCCAAAGAAGAGGAAGAAAGAAAAGCGAAAGAGGAAGCAGAGCGAAAAGCGAAAGAAGAAGAGGAAAAGAAAGAGGAAGCUCGUUCUCGUAGAAGAAGAACUCGAGAUGAACCACCUCCUGUAGUUGAAGAAAGACCUGUUUUACGUAGGGUGCGAAAGUAUUAACAAUUAAAGUUGAAAUUUAAUUAAAGGAAAAGACACGUUAAGGAGUUUCCCGUUUGCUCUUAAUGAUAAAAACAUUGCGAAGAUUGAUACAUAUUGUAUCGUAAUUUGUUUUGAAGGGAAAAAAUGAUUACAACUUUGGCAUUCCUUUUGAAGACCAUCCCAAUCUUUCUAACGAUAAUGUCUAUUGAAAUCAGUAUAACCAUUACAGUGUUGAAAAAAUCCAUGUUAUUUUGUAAUUUAUAAUGUAUUAAUUUAUAAUGUACCAAUGUAAUGUAAUUUAUAAUGUACUAAUUUAUAAUGAGUUGUGUUUUAAACAAAAUAGAAAUUUGAAUACACAACAUGUAAUAUUUCAUAAUUAAAAGAAGACAAACCUUUAUUGUGUUCAAGUACUGAAUGAUAAUAAAUAUCAUUUAAAUGCUUGUUUCAAGUUAAUUUUUUUUAAAUCUUUUCAAUAUAAAAACGUAAUUGAAAACUUCUUUGCAAGCUCACUAGAGAUUAAUAUAAAAAAAUUGAGCAUUAUUUUGAUAACCAUAUUUCAUUGAUUGAAAACAAUAUUUAAAAAAACAAAUAGUAAAACCAAAAACCCUAAAUGAGUAUCACAUUAGCACGCUUUCAUCAGGUGACAAAUGUAACACCAAGACACAUUAAAAUUUUCUACAAUUUUACUAUUCGAGAUUUUAAAUGUUUUUGGGCUUUUUCAAGAAUUAACUUUUGCAAAUUUAACGAUUUAGUUAAUAUUAUUUGUAUAUAAAUAUAGCCUGCUUUUUUAUUACAAUAUCUCGCUAAAGAUUAAAAUUGCAAUAUGAAUGCACAACAACUAUUCUACUUAUCUAUAUAAACUUUAAAUGUCAUUCAUAAAAUUUACUUAUGAAAAUUUUUUAACAGCUCCAUGUUGAAUUACAAACUUUUUUUUAAACGUUUUUACACAAUAAAAGUCUCAUAUACAACUAGUAAUUUUUAUAAUUAGAUAUCACAUUUUCCUUAUUUCUACAAACAUUUGUUUUAUAAAAAAAUGAUGUGGAAUUCUACACACGUUAUAUAAAAGUGUUUUUGAGGCUGAUUGCAAUUUUUCUGACUUAUAAGUAUCCAUACAUAUUGUAAAGUCAUUGCGAUAAUUGUGCUUGAAAAUAAAAUUUAUGCUGCA